AUGACGAAAGAUACGUGCGAUUCGCUUCUAAAGGAUGUCGAGGAUGCGAUAUUAGCUACUCGAAAAACCUCCGCUCAGUACAGAAGGAUAAAACGAUUCAAUGUUUUGGCAUUUGGCGAUUCAAAAAAGCUGAUAACCCGCGGAGAGCCAGUUAAGUAUUAUCUUCCGAUGGAAGACAUUUUUGAUGUCAUUGGUUCGUCACAUAUUGCUGUUGGGCAUGGCGGGAGAGAUCGCUUAAAGGUCGAAACUUCAAGAAAGUACGCUUACAUCACCACUGAUAUGAUUAACAUCUUUUUGUCUCUUUGUGAAACACGCCAGAAGAAAAAAAAGCUCGGAAAGAAAGGACUCGUUUCGAAACCAAUUUUGCACACUGUGUUUAAUAAUAGAUAUCAAAUCGAUUUGAUAGACAUGUAGUCGCAACCCGAUUCACAGUUUAAGUUUAUACUGAGUUAUCGGAAUCAUCCGACAAAGUUCGUUGAGCUCCGCCCAUUGCAGUCUAAGCGUGCAGAAGAAGUUGCAAGCCGCGUAUUAGACAUUUUUCUGACUUUUGGUGCUUCGGUUGUUCUCCAUUCAGACAAUAGGAAAGAAUUUGUCUACAAUGUGAUUAAUGGGCUAAAAACACUAUGGCUGGAGUUAAAAAUCGUGCACGGAAAGUCGAGGCACUCACAAAGCCAAAGCUCUGUAGAGCGUGCAAACCUAGACGUGGAGCGAAUGCUCGCUUCUUGGAUGACAGACAAUAAAUCGUCUAAUUGGUCUAUCGGUUUAAAGUUCGUUAAAUUUAUGAAAAAUAGAGCUCACCACGCCGGGAUAAAUAUGACGCCUUAUAAAGCAAUGUAUGGGAUUGAUCCAAGAGUGGGGCUAUCAAUCUCCAACCUGCCCGAUGAUUUUAUUAAUAUUGUAAACGACGAGGAUGAUCUUGAAAAUCUUACAGGUACUCAAACUGGACGUGAAUAUAGUGAUCGAGCAGUGAGCUGCAGGUAUGUUCUUUAAUUAUUUUAUUUCCACUUAAUAAAAAACUUUUAGACAUUUUUUUUUCCUUGGAUAUGUUUCACGUACCUCUUCUAUACGUACAAUUAGAAAAGAAGCGCACGCAAAAAAACAGGCAGCCUGAAUGAUGACUCGAUCUGACAAAAAAUUUCCCGCGGUCGAUGUUGGUAUCAACGUAGUUUUUUUUGAUGUUGACAAAGGCAACACAGAUCUUCCCGAUCUCAUCGGAGUAGUGUUAGAAAAAACAGAACAUUUUCUAUAUAGAAUCGGAACUAAUGAUGGAAUUCUGGACAAACUUUAUUGUAAAAAUGGUUCAUUAUCAUCUUUUCUUCCACCAAAUAAAAUAAAAUUAGUAAUAAAUUAUUAACCGUUAAAAAAAUGUUUUAGGUCUGAAUUCAUAACAUGCGAAGAAAAAUUGUUCAGUGAGAUUCAAGUUCCAAGCAAUCAUAUUUCCCUCCGGGCAGCUGUAACAAAAACAUUGACAGGGUCAGUGCAAGGCUUUGUAAGAUGCACAUAUAAGGAAUCUUGCGGAACAAAUCGUUGUUUAUGUAAGAAAAAUAGAAUAUUAUGAAAUUAAAAAUGCCAUGAUAGUUUGCCCUGUAAAAAUAAACAAAACUUUUUCCUUGUUAAAACUAGUUUAAACUAUCAAAAUAAAAAUUACGGGUUUUCACUAGAUAAUUCUAGUUUUAACUAAUAUAUUUCAGACACAACUAGUUCUGACUAAACACAAAUAAGUUAAACCUAGUUUUACCGGUGAAGGUCUUAGUUAAUUCUAGUUUUAACUGGUCAUAACUAGAAUUGACUAAAACGAUUUGUGGAAACUAGUUUUGAAGGAUUUCGGGUUUCAACUGUAACAUAUAUAUAUAUAUGUAUUCAGUAUAUAUUUGUGUAUCCAAUUGAUUUUUAUCAUAAUAUCUUAUCAUAUAUCACUAAUAAUAAUAGUAAUAUACUCCACUGUAUCCAAAUGACAUCAUAUUUAUCACUGUAAAAAAAGCAAUUGUGUAGGUAAUUGUGUACAUUGGUCAAAUAUGUAACCACUAACUAACCUAUUAUAGGUAUUCAAUGUUAUCUAUAUUGCUUACACCAUUUACACUGUUACUAAUGCAAAAAUCAACCAUUUUAAUGAACUAAUUGCUUACACCAUUAAUAUAUUCCUUUAAUGAUAAAAAAAGUCACCUUUUUAUCAUUGAUAAAACUGAUUUUUCUGAAUCUUUGAUAUCAAAAAGUCAAAUUGGCUAAAAGUGUCGUUUAUGCCCUUUUGCCUAUAAGGGAUAGAUUUGUAGCUAACUAAUAAUCAUAUACUUUAAUGCUCCAAAUAGAUACAUGCUGUAAGUACAUUUAUUUUUUGCUUACCGCUUUAUUUAUUAUAUUACAAACAUAGAUGAGAUCACACAUGAGACAAAGUAGAUUGACUGGCUUGGCAUUACUUAAUGCACACAGGGCUAUAAAUGUAUUUGUUGAAAAAUAA